GACAGAUUCCGGCUGGCGGCCGGCUGGGGCACGGGGGAUCCUGCAGAUGGAAGACGGAGCCCCGCGGGACCCGGUGCCCCCGUCCCCGCCUGCCGGCCCCCACCGAGAUCUCGCCCAGGAGAGAGAAGGCACAGUAUCUCCGAGGGGCGUGUCGGGCCGACUCCCGUCAGAAAUGUGGGUUGGGAGGUCAGGGCUGCAGGCGGAGAGGAGGAGACAGGCAAGAGGCCUGAGUCCCUGGGAUUGGAGUCGUAUUGGGGGUAAAAGAGAUAAGGACGCCAGGGUUUCUUCUUAUGUCUCCUUUUUGGGUUCCCAGAAUUCCUAAGGGUGUUUCCAGGAAGCUUAGCCAGCACACCCACUCCGCCCCGUAGGGGUCAAAGGUCUGUGUUAGAGGUGGCCUGGGAUGAUGUCACUAGUGCACGGGCCCCGGGAUGGUUGCCAGGCAAUGAGGCUUCCUCCCCCUUCUAUUCCCUCCCACCUCUGCCCCGAGUCCAGUUCCAGUCCCGUGCCAUCUCUUUCUCUUCUCCCUUCCCGUGGUCUUAGCAUCCUGCAGGUGGGAAACCCCGGCCUGGAGUUUUGUGAGGGGGAGGGGCACGGGUGUGGUGUGGCUGAAAGACUUUGCCCCUUUGCUGGGCUGAGGGACCCUUGGGUCAGUUUUCCCUAGAUUGGCACAGAAGAGCUUCCCCUCCAAGGCUCCGCCCCCAUAGAAAAAGCUACCUAGCGGUCAUUUUACUUUCCCACCUGCUGCACGGCCAAGUGUCCUAUUGCCCCCUUCCCCAGAUUGAUUUGAAGUGGGAGUGGUUGAAAGACGUAAGAGUUGUGUGUAGUAUGGGGGGGUUCUCUACACACCAGCUUAUCCUUGAAAUCCCCUUAAUGGCACACCCCCAUCUGCAAACAAUGAAAGGAAAACGGUCAAGAAACAGUAUUAGGCUGAAAAGUCAGGGUCUUUAUUGUGUGUAUGCGGGUGAAUCGGCUUGUAGCCUCUCACUUGGUGGAGGAGGACUCAGUUGAUUGCUAUGGUUGUUCUUCUCUAUUAAGUCCUAGGGUUGGUGAUGGUAUUGGAAUGAAUCGGCUUGUGCUUUUAUGUACCUUAGAGCUUGGGCUGUCAGAUCAGACCUGGAUUCUAAUUCCAGCUCUGUCACUUAGUGGCUACUAGGACUUGGAAAGGUCAGAACCUCUCUGAGCCUCGUAUGUUAAUCUUGAGCAUUUAAUAUCAACACCUACCUUGAAGGCCGCUGAGAGGAAAAAAAUGAGAUAAUUUAUGCAAAUCACUUAGCACAGUGCCUGGCACAGAAUGAACACAGAAUGAGUGCUUGUUGUUAUGAAAUACUUUUAUUAUUAAAUGGUGUUAGUUACUAGUUUAUUAUUAUUGCUGUGGGUCUGCUCCAAACCAGCAGUAACCCUAGGAGUUUGUUAAGGGGGAGUGGAUAGUUUGUGUUAAUUUGGAGAUUGGGGUUAGGGGGCUGGGGAUUAGCUUCAACUGCUUUGUGCAUUUUAUUUGAUGAAGGCUUUAGGCAGAUUUGUAUUGCUUUCUUUAGGAUUAUUUUUUUUCCUCUUGGAGAAGAAAUAGCUAAGACUAUUCCAUGGGCCUUGAAAAUAAAAUAAUUGUAUUAUGGUUCUUGAUUUUGAAGCAAGACCCCAGUCCCCUCCCAUGUUGAUCUCUGGAGCCUUUUUUCAUUUUGCAGAGGGACUCCACAGUUUCUCUAGUGGGAACAGGGCUAGGCUGAGGGGUGUGUAAAAGGUAGGGGUGGGUGGGUGGAGAGAGACUAGUGCUGGGGGCUGGGGGGGCGGGUAGUUAAAGGAAGAGACCGGAAGGGAGGAGGAGGGAGCCUGCUGGUGGGGAGGGAGGGAGGGGAGGAGGAGGUGGAGGAGGAGGAGGAGGAGGAGGGAGGGGGUUGGGGAGAGCCUGCUACAGUUCUUUGUUUGACUCCGGGACUCAGGGACGGGGAGGAGGAGGGAGGGAGGCAGAGGCUGCAAGCGCCGGGGCAGGCCCAGGAGGCAGAGGAGGGACCGUCUCCCCCGCCCCCCCAGCCCCCACUCCCCCCCCUGCUGCUUCCCCCCCUCCCUACCCGGACUCCGGGGGCACCGCCGGGGGACAGACACCCAGCAGGUUCCCCCCAGGGCAACAUGCCAGCCCCGUAGCACUGCCCACCCCACCCACUGUGGUCUGUUGUACCCCACUGCUGGGGUGCUGGUUCCAAUGAGACAGGGCACACCAAACUCCAUCUGGCUGUUACUGAGGCGGAGACACGGGUGAUGAUUGGCUUUCUGGGGAGAGAGGAAGUCCUGUGAUUGGCCAGAUCUCUGGAGCUCGCCGACGCGGUGUGAGGACGCUCCCACGGAGGCCGGAAUUGGCUGUGAAAGGACCCAGGCAGCCAUCUGGGGGUAGCGGGCACUCUUACCAGAGCGGCUGGAGCCGGACCAUCGUCCCAGAGAGCUGGGGCAGGGGGCCGUGCCCAAUCUCCAGGGCUCCUGGGGCCACUGCUGACCUGGCUGGAUGCAUCGGGCAGUGGACCCUCCAGGGGCCCGCGCUGCACGGGAAGCCUUUGCCCUUGGGGGCCUGAGCUGUGCUGGGGCCUGGAGCUCCUGCCCGCCUCAUCCCCCUCCUCGUAGCGCAUGGCUGCCUGGAGGCAGAUGCUCAGCCAGCAUUGGGCAGCCCCCGCUUCCUGCUCCCCUACCCCCUUCACAUGGCAGUAGUUCUGGGCACCCCAACAAACCAUAUUAUGCUCCAGGGGCGCCCACUCCAAGACCCCUCCAUGGGAAGCUGGAAUCCCUGCAUGGCUGUGUGCAGGCAUUGCUCCGGGAGCCAGCCCAGCCAGGGCUUUGGGAACAGCUUGGGCAACUGUACGAGUCAGAGCACGAUAGUGAGGAGGCCACACGCUGCUACCACAGCGCCCUUCGAUAUGGAGGAAGCUUUGCUGAGCUGGGGCCCCGCAUUGGCCGACUGCAGCAGGCCCAGCUCUGGAACUUUCAUACUGGCUCUUGCCAGCACCGAGCCAAGGUCCUGCCCCCACUGGAGCAAGUGUGGAACUUGCUACACCUUGAGCACAAGCGGAACUAUGGAGCCAAGCGAGGAGGUCCCCCGGUGAAGCGAGCUGCCGAACCCCCAGUGGUGCAGCCUGUGCCUCCUGCAGCACUCUCAGGCCCCUCAGGGGAGGAGGGCCUCAGCCCUGGAGGCAAGCGAAGGAGAGGCUGCAACUCUGAACAGACUGGCCUUCCCCCAGGGCUGCCACUGCCUCCACCACCAUUACCACCACCACCGCCACCACCACCCCUGCCUGGCCUGGCCACCAGCCCCCCAUUUCAGCUAACCAAGCCAGGGCUAUGGAGUACCCUGCAUGGAGAUGCCUGGGGCCCAGAGCGCAAGGGUUCAGCACCCCCAGAGCGCCAGGAGCAGCGGCACUCGCUGCCUCACCCAUAUCCAUACCCAGCUCCAGCGUACACCGCGCACCCCCCUGGCCACCGGCUGGUCCCGGCUGCUCCCCCAGGCCCGGGCCCCCGCCCCCCAGGAGCAGAGAGCCAUGGCUGCCUGCCUGCCACCCGUCCCCCCGGAAGUGACCUUAGAGAGAGCAGAGUUCAGAGGUCGCGGAUGGACUCCAGCGUUUCACCAGCAGCAACCACCGCCUGCGUGCCUUACGCCCCUUCCCGGCCCCCUGGCCUCCCCGGCACCACCACCAGCAGCAGCAGUAGCAGCAGCAGCAACACCGGUCUCCGGGGUGUGGAGCCGAACCCAGGCAUUCCCGGCGCUGACCAUUACCAAACUCCCGCGCUGGAGGUCUCUCACCAGGGCCGCCUGGGGCCCUCGGCACACAGCAGUCGGAAACCGUUCUUGGGGGCUCCCGCUGCCACUCCCCACCUGUCCCUGCCACCUGGACCUUCCUCACCCCCUCCACCCCCCUGUCCCCGCCUCUUACGCCCCCCACCACCCCCUGCCUGGUUGAAGGGUCCGGCCUGCCGGGCAGCCCGAGAUGAUGGAGAGAUCUUAGAAGAGCUCUUCUUUGGGACUGAGGGACCCCCCCGCCCUGCCCCACCACCCCUCCCCCAUCGCGAGGGCUUCUUGGGGCCUCCGGCCUCCCGCUUUUCUGUGGGCACUCAGGAUUCUCACACCCCUCCCACUCCCCCAACCCCAACCACCAGCAGUAGCAACAGCAACAAUGGCAGCCACAGCAGCAGCCCUGCUGGGCCUGUGUCCUUUCCCCCACCACCCUAUCUGGCCAGAAGUGUAGACCCCCUUCCCCGGCCUCCCAGCCCAGCACAGAACCCCCAGGACCCACCUCUUGUACCCCUGACUCUUGCCCUGCCUCCAGCCCCUCCUUCCUCCUGCCACCAAAAUACCUCAGGAAGCUUCAGGCGCCCGGAGAGCCCCCGGCCCAGGGUCUCCUUCCCAAAGACCCCCGAGGUGGGGCCGGGGCCACCCCCAGGCCCCCUGAGUAAAGCCCCCCAGCCUGUGCCGCCCAGGGUUGGGGAGCUGCCUGCCCGAGGCCCUCGACUCUUUGAUUUUCCCCCCACUCCGCUGGAGGACCAGUUUGAGGAGCCAGCCGAAUUCAAGAUCCUACCUGAUGGGCUGGCCAACAUCAUGAAGAUGCUGGACGAAUCCAUUCGCAAGGAAGAGGAACAGCAACAACACGAAGCAGGCGUGGCCCCCCCACCCCCACUGAAGGAGCCCUUUGCAUCUCUGCAGCCUCCUUUCCCCACUGACACAGCCCCCACCACUACUGCUCCUGCUGUCGCCGUCACCACCACCACCACCACCACCACGGCCACCCAGGAAGAAGAGAAGAAGCCACCACCAGCCCUACCACCACCACCGCCUCUAGCCAAGUUCCCUCCACCCCCUCAGCCACAGCCACCACCACCCCCACCCCCCAGCCCGGCCAGCCUGCUCAAAUCCUUGGCCUCCGUGCUGGAGGGACAAAAGUACUGUUAUCGGGGGACUGGAGCAGCUGUUUCCACCCGGCCUGGGCCGUUGCCCACCACUCAGUAUUCCCCUGGCCCCCCAUCAGGUGCUACCGCCCCGCCGCCCACCUCAGCGGCCCCUAGCGCCCAGGGCUCCCCACAGCCCUCUGCUUCCUCGUCAUCUCAGUUCUCUACCUCAGGCGGGCCCUGGGCCCGGGAGCGCAGGGCGGGCGAAGAGCCAGUCCCGGGCCCCACGACCCCCACCCAACCGCCCCCACCCCUAUCUCUGCCCCCUGCUCGCUCUGAGUCUGAGGUGCUAGAAGAGAUCAGCCGGGCUUGCGAGACCCUCGUGGAGCGGGUGGGCCGGAGUGCCACUGACCCAGCCGACCCAGUGGACACAGUAGAGCCAGCGGACAGUGGGACUGAGCGACUGCUGCCCCCCGCACAGGCCAAGGAGGAGGGUGGCGGGGUGGCGGCAGUGUCAGGCAGCUGUAAGCGGCGACAGAAGGAGCAUCAGAAGGAGCAUCGGCGGCACAGGCGGGCCUGUAAGGACAGUGUGGGUCGUCGGCCCCGUGAGGGCAGGGCAAAGGCCAAGGCCAAGGCCCCCAAAGAAAAGAGCCGCCGGGUGCUGGGGAACCUGGACCUGCAGAGCGAGGAGAUCCAGGGUCGUGAGAAGUCCCGGCCCGAUCUUGGCGGGGCCUCCAAGGCCAAGCCACCCACAGCUCCAGCCCCUCCAUCAGCUCCUGCACCUUCUGCCCAGCCCACACCCCCAUCAGCCUCCGUCCCUGGAAAGAAGGCUCGGGAGGAAGCCACAGGGCCACCGGGUGUCAGCCGGGCCGACAUGCUGAAGCUGCGCUCACUUAGUGAGGGGCCCCCCAAGGAGCUGAAGAUCCGUCUCAUCAAGGUAGAGAGUGGUGACAAGGAGACCUUUAUCGCCUCUGAGGUGGAAGAGCGGCGGCUGCGCAUGGCAGACCUCACCAUCAGCCACUGUGCUGCUGAUGUUGUGCGCGCCAGCAAGAAUGCCAAGGUGAAAGGGAAGUUUCGAGAGUCCUACCUUUCCCCUGCCCAGUCUGUGAAACCGAAGAUCAACACUGAGGAGAAGCUGCCCCGGGAAAAACUCAACCCCCCUACACCCAGCAUCUAUCUGGAGAGCAAACGGGAUGCCUUCUCACCUGUCCUGCUGCAGUUCUGUACAGACCCUCGAAAUCCCAUCACAGUGAUCCGGGGCCUGGCGGGCUCCCUGCGGCUCAACUUGGGCCUCUUCUCCACCAAGACCCUGGUGGAAGCGAGUGGCGAACACACCGUGGAAGUUCGCACUCAGGUGCAGCAGCCCUCAGAUGAGAACUGGGAUCUGACAGGCACUCGGCAGAUCUGGCCCUGUGAGAGCUCCCGUUCCCACACCACCAUUGCCAAGUACGCACAGUACCAGGCCUCAUCCUUCCAGGAGUCUCUGCAGGAGGAGAAGGAGAGUGAGGAUGAGGAGUCAGAGGAGCCGGACAGCACCACAGGAACCCCUCCUAGCAGCGCACCAGACCCGAAGAACCAUCACAUCAUCAAGUUUGGCACCAACAUCGACUUGUCUGAUGCAAAGCGGUGGAAGCCCCAGCUGCAGGAGCUGCUGAAGCUGCCCGCCUUCAUGCGGGUAACAUCCACGGGCAACAUGCUGAGCCACGUGGGCCACACCAUCCUGGGCAUGAACACGGUGCAGCUGUACAUGAAGGUGCCCGGCAGCCGAACGCCAGGCCACCAGGAGAAUAACAACUUCUGCUCCGUCAACAUCAACAUUGGCCCAGGCGACUGCGAGUGGUUCGCGGUGCACGAGCACUACUGGGAGACCAUCAGCGCCUUCUGUGAUCGGCACGGCGUGGACUACUUGACGGGUUCCUGGUGGCCAAUCCUGGAUGAUCUCUAUGCAUCCAAUAUCCCUGUGUACCGCUUCGUGCAGCGCCCCGGAGACCUCGUGUGGAUUAAUGCGGGGACUGUGCACUGGGUGCAGGCCACCGGCUGGUGCAACAACAUUGCCUGGAACGUGGGGCCCCUCACCGCCUAUCAGUACCAGCUGGCCCUGGAACGAUACGAGUGGAAUGAGGUGAAGAACGUCAAAUCCAUCGUGCCCAUGAUUCACGUGUCAUGGAACGUGGCUCGCACGGUCAAAAUCAGCGACCCCGACUUGUUCAAGAUGAUCAAGUUCUGCCUGCUGCAGUCCAUGAAGCACUGCCAGGUGCAACGCGAGAGCCUGGUGCGGGCAGGGAAGAAAAUCGCUUACCAGGGCCGUGUCAAGGACGAGCCAGCCUACUACUGCAACGAGUGCGAUGUGGAGGUGUUUAACAUCCUGUUCGUGACAAGUGAGAAUGGCAGCCGCAACACGUACCUGGUACACUGCGAGGGCUGUGCCCGGCGCCGCAGCGCAGGCCUGCAGGGCGUGGUGGUGCUGGAGCAGUACCGCACUGAGGAGCUGGCUCAGGCCUACGACGCCUUCACGCUGGUGAGGGCCCGGCGGGCGCGCGGGCAGCGGAGGAGGGCACUGGGGCAGGCUGCAGGGACGGGCUUCGGGAGCCCGGCCGCGCCUUUCCCUGAGCCCCCGCCGGCUUUCUCCCCCCAGGCCCCAGCCAGCACGUCGCGAUGAGGCCGGACGCCCCGCCCGCCUGCCUGCCCGCGCUAGGCGCCGCGGGGCCACCAGCACAUGCCUGGGCUGGACCUAGGUCCCGCCUGUGGCCGGGAAGGGGGUCGGGCCCAGCCCUUCCACCCCAUUGGCAGCUCCCCUCACUUAAUUUAUUAAGAAAAACAUUUUUUUUUUUUUUUUUUUUUUAGCAAAUAUGAGGAAAAAAGGAAAAAAAAUGGGAGACGGGGGAGGGGGCUGGCAGCCCCUCGCCCACCAGCGCCUCCCCUCACCGACUUUGGCCUUUUUAGCAACAGACACAAGGACCAGGCUCCGGCGGCGGCGGGGGUCACAUACGGGUUCCCUCACCCUGCCAGCCGCCUGCCCGCCCGGCGCAGAUGCACGCGGCUCGUGUAUGUACAUAGACGUUACGGCAGCCGAGGUUUUUAAUGAGAUUCUUUCUAUGGGCUUUACCCCUCCCCCGGAACCUCCUUUUUUACUUCCAAUGCUAGCUGUGACCCCUGUACGUGUCUCUUUAUUCACUUGGUUAUGAUUUGUAUUUUUUGUUCUUUUUUUGUUUUUUGUUUUUAAUUUAUAACAGUCCCACUCACCUCUAUUUAUUCAUUUUUGGGAAAACCCGACCUCCCACACCCCAAGCCAUCCUGCCCGCCCCUCCAGGGACCGCCCGUCGCCGGGCUCUCCCCGCGCCCCAGUGUGUGUCCGGGCCCGGCCCGACCGUCUCCGCCCGUCCGCCCGCGGCUCCAGCCGGGUUCUCAUGGUGCUCAAACCCGCUCCCCUCCCGUACGUCCUGCACUUUCUCGGACCAGUCCCCCCACUCCCGACCCGACCCCAGCCCCACCUGAGGGUGAGCAACUCCUGUACUGUAGGGGAAGAAGUGGGAACUGAAAUGGUAUUUUGUAAAAAAAAUAAAAUAAAAUAAAAAAAAUUAAAGGUUUUAAAGAAAGAACUAUGAGGAAAAGGAACCCCGUCCUUCCCAGCCCCGGCCACUUUAAAAACACAGACCUUCACCCCCACCCCCUUUUCUUUUUAAGUGUGAAACAACCCAGGGCCAGGGCCUCACUGGGGCAGGGACACCCCGGGGUGAGUUUCUCUGGGGCUUUAUUUUCGUUUUGUUGGUUGUUUUUUCUCCACGCUGGGGCUGCGGAGGGGUGGGGGGUUUACAGUCCCGCACCCUCGCACUGCACUGUCUCUCUGCCCCAGGGGCAGAGGGGUCUUCCCAACCUUACCCCUAUUUUCGGUGAUUUUUGUGUGAGAAUAUUAAUAUUAAAAAUAAACGGAGAAAAAAAAA